GUCCUGAGUGUGCAACCAACUCUGGGGAAUUUUGACUCACUUCCCGGCGAGGCAUCCCAGUGAGUCAAUCGGGCGUCAACUGCACAUAAAAGCCGUCGACUCGACUCCCAUCGCUCUAUCCGACACAUCUGCAAACCACAGCAACCAUGGAGGACGCAAAGGAGCAGUCCAAGAGCGCGGCCAAGAAGGCCGAGAAGCAGGCCAAGAUGACUGCCGCGAAAGCGGAGAAGGCCGCAAAGCAGACGACAGUGCCCGUCGUGGGCGGCAAGAAGACGGACGAAAUUAUCGGCAUCACGGUGUCCAAGACCGAGAACUUCUCGCAAUGGUACCAGGAAGUCGUGCUCAAGGCCGAGAUGAUCGAGUACUACAACGAGAUCUCGGGCUUCUUCAUCAUGCGUCCCGCCACCAUGUACAUCUGGAACACGAUCCGGAAGUGGUUCCAGGAGCGGAUCGAAGCGAUGGGUGUCGAGGAGACCAGCUUCCCUUUGUUCUUGUCAAAAAAAUCGCUGGAGAAGGAGAAGGAUCACGUCGAGGGCUUCGCUCCCGAGUUGGCGUGGGUGACCAAGGCCGGCGACAAGGACCUUGAGGUUCCCGUCGCAGUCCGUCCGACAUCUGAAGCUGUGAUGUACCCUUACUACGCCAAGUGGAUCCGCAGCCAUCGUGACCUCCCCUUCCGACUGAACCAGUGGAACUCGGUUGUCCGCUGGGAAGCCAAGCAAACCACCCCGUUUCUCAGAGCCAGAGAGUUCCUCUGGCAGGAAGGCCACACCGCCCACCUGACCGAGCAGCUCGCCGGCGAGGAGGUGCUCCAAAUUCUUGAGCUGUACGCUGGCGUUUACGAGCAACUGCUCGCCGUUCCGGUCGUGCGGGGGAAGAAGACAGAGGCCGAGAAGUUCGCCGGCGGUUACUACACAACGACGGUGGAGGGCUAUAUCCCGUCGAACGGGCGCGCCAUCCAGGGCGCGACAUCCCACUGCCUCGGACAGAACUUUUCCAAGAUGUUCGACAUCACCGUCGAAGACCCGAACGAGAAGGGAAAGCACAUCCACGUCUGGCAGAACUCGUGGGGUCUCUCGACCCGUGUCAUCGGCGUUAUGGUCAUGAUUCACGGCGACGACAAGGGUCUCGUCCUGCCCCCGCGCAUCGCCAAGAUCCAGUCCAUCCUCAUCCCGGUCGGUCUCACGGCGAAGAUGACUGCCGAGGAGAAGGAGAAGCACCUCAAGCACCUCGACGAGAUCUUCGGCAUCCUCAAGAAGGCCGGCGUCCGCGUUGACGUCGACCUGCGCGAGGGCUACACCCCGGCGUGGAAGUUCAACGACUGGGAGCUGAAGGGCGUGCCGCUGCGCCUGGAGUUCGGCCCCAAGGACGCGGCCAAGGAGGUGGUCAGCUACGCGCGGCGCGACACGGGCGAGAAGGGGACGAUCCCGAUCGCCGAGCUGACGGCCAAGGUGCCGGCGCUGCUCGAGACCAUCCAGCAGGACAUGUACGACAGGGCCGACGCGGCGUACCGCGCGCACCGCCUGGUCAAGACCUCGUGGGACGAGAUCGUCCCCGCGCUGGACGCCAAGAACGUCGUCAUCAUCCCGCACUGCCUCGUCCCCGCCUGCGAGGAGAGGAUCAAGGAGUUGACGGCCGGCCGCGCCGACGAGUCGCCCGAUACUCCCGAAGGCCAGAAGGCUCCCUCCAUGGGCAUGAAGUCUCUCUGCAUCCCCUUCGAGCAGCCCGAGGGCCUGGUCAAGGGGGUGACGAAGUGCCUGAACCCGGAGUGUGGCCGGUUUGCGGAGCAGUGGUGCAUGUUCGGGCGCAGCUACUAGGUCCGCUCUAGCAGCAAAAACCCAAAAUCAGAAGAAGAUUUCCUUAUUUCUUUCAUCCUUUGCAAUCUUUGAAGUGGAGAUUACGGUGCUAGCGGAAGAUCAGGCAUUCGGGACAUUGUGCAUUGAGGAGCGGCAGAUGGGAGCGACGGCCGUUGCUGGUUGGCUUGCUCAAUACCUCAGGCUUUCCGUGCGUAUAGAAGUGUGUUUGAUGGCACAGCAGCAGGUGCAACCAUCCAUCUCAUGAGUUGACAAAUGCUGUUCAUGACUCCUAAACCUGGCGAUUUCGCGCGGUUGGCAGCUAAAAUGCAUGCCAGAUGUGACAGGUAUCCAAUUUAUCUAAAGCAGACAGCACCGCUGCGUGCUCUGCUAUGGUAUUUCCGUUCCCCAUCGCGUCUAAUGGGAUUACAUCAAAUGCCAAAUUUGAGCUGUUGCCGCUUCACCGUCCGCUGGGCACUACGCACCGGCGCCAGCGGGGGGCUUCUUCCUCCGCCCUCUCUUCUUCUUCCCCCCGGCCCCAUCCUCGCUCACACCGUCCACCUCCGCCCCGGCCUCCACUUUCACCUCCACUUCCCUCUCGUUUCC